AUGAGUGAGUUGCAGGUCUUGGUGAGACGCAGACUGACGGCUGCUGCGGAGGAGAUCUGCGGGGUUCUGGAUCUCACUCUGGGGGGUCUGGAGGAGGAAGUCCGCCGCCAGCAGAGACUGCUGCACUCCGUGCUCAACCCAGAGAUCCGUCCGCAGAGAGGCGACGUCCAGCAGUUGUUGAGUGAGGAUGAUGAUGAUGAAGAGAAACCUCAGUCUUCACAGCUUCAUCAGAGUCAGACUGAGGAAAACGGAGACUUUGAGGCAGGAGAGGACUGUGAAGGACCAGGACAAGCCAGGAACUUAGUCCUUCUUCAUCACAGUCAGACUGAGCCUCCAGCACCAGAACCAGACAGGAUCUCAGUUCCAGAUGGUUGUUUACAGCCAGUUAGUGAUGACAACACGUCAGAGUGUUCUGAACCUGAGUGUGAAGAUGAUGAUGAUGAAGAAGAGAAACCUCAGUCCUCACAGCUUCAUCAGAGUCAGACUGAGGAGAACAGAGAGGCAGAGCCUCCAGCCAGCAGCUCAACUGAACACAUGGAGACAGAAGCUGAUGGAGAGGACUGUGGAGGACCAGGACCAGACAGGAACUCAGAUCCAGACAGACAUUUAGAACCAGGUUCUGAUGACAAGACUUCGGGGUCUUAUGAACCAGAGAUGGAAGACAGUGAUGAUGGUUGGACAGAGACGCAGAAAUCAUUUAGCUGCUCAGACUGUGGGAAAAGAUUUGGCCGAAAGGGAAAUCUGCAGACUCACUUGAGAACUCAUACAGGAGAGAAACCAUUCAGCUGCUCAGUUUGUAAGAAAUGCUUUGGAUGCCGCUCAACCUUGACAAAACACAUGCUAACUCACACAGGGGAGAAACCAUUUGGUUGCUCAUUUUGUGGAAAGAAAUUUCAUAUCAAGGGAACUCUGGUGAGACACAUGGAAACCCACAGAACAAGAGAGAAAGAAUUCAGUUGUUCAGUUUGUGUAAAGAAGUUUUAUGAUAAGUCGACUCUGGUAAGACACACGAGAACCCACAUAAUAACAGACAAAACUCCCAGCUGUUCAUUCUGUAGAAAAAAUUUUUAUGACAAGUCAUCUCUGGAAAAACACAAAGCGACCCACACAGCACGAGAGAAGACGUUUAGCUGUUCAGAAUGUGAGAGGAAAUUUUAUUUAGAGGCACAUUUAAAAGGUCACAUGAGAAUCCACACAAAAGGAGAGAAACCAUUCAGCUGUCCCGUUUGUCCAAAGACAUUUAAAUUAAAUGAUUAUCUGAAGAAACACAUGAAAGUGCACACAGGAGAGAAACCCUUCAACUGUCGUGUUUGUGACAAAAGAUUCACAUGGUACCCACAGCUGAAAGCCCAUCAGUGUGGUGGGGAGACCAGCUGAAGCAGACUGCCUUCUUUCAGUGGUGGUAGCAGGGAGAGGCGACAGCCAAUGAGAGUGGAGCCCCAGCUGAGCUGACUUCACACUUAAAGUUUCUUUAAAUGACGUACAGAGUCUCUGUGGUUUAGACAGGACCAAUAUGGACAAGUAUGAAA